GGCGAUAUCCAUACAGCAGUUUUUCGUGUCAUAAGCCAACGUGUAACCUAAGUUUUGUUGAUGAUCUUCUUCCAGAAUUGAGGCCGAAAUGUAUAAACUUGUGCAGAAGCAGACGUAUACAUUUCUGUCCCAUCGAUAUGGGGUGAUUUUAAUCUUCCUGGGGCUCGUUUUUAUUAUCGUUUCUGCAUUUCAUUUCGGAGAGUCUUCCCUAGAAUGGAGUCGGGACCAGUACUCACAGAUGUUCAAUAUUUACCAUGACAACAUUGCCGGGAAAGCCUUUCAAAACAGGAUGUGCUUGCCAAUCCCGAUUGAUGCUGUUUAUACUUGGGUCAAUGGAUCUGACCCGAAACUCAAAGCUGACCUCCAAAGGGUCAAGACAAAGGUCGAGAAAGAGCUAGCAAAGUCCACCUCAAAACCAGGCGAUACAGAUUCCAUCCAGUGUAACCAUGACAACUGUGUCCCAGGACGUAUUCUCGUCUUCGGCUCGCUCCUUCCGGGUCGAGUAGAAAAGUCUGACUUGGCCAUGACCCAUCUGGAAUUCCUGGAAGCAAGGCGAUUGUUCAACGUGUCUAAGUCGGCCACGGCUAACAUGACGAUUGCACAGUUCAAAACCCAAGCCGAUGUGAAUGCAAUCAUGAAGGAGAAACCAUAUGUACUCAUGACUGGCAGGAAUGUUUCACUUUCUAAAGGAUAUUUAACAAGUGAUUGGCAAGCAGAGGGCGCUGCUGAAUUAAAGGACGUCGUCUUUGUCUCCAACGUCGGAAAAGACGUCACGGAAGACGAACUUCAGAAGAAAAUUCCUGAGGACCAGCGAGACAAUGUCAGGGCCAUUGACCUCACCACUAGCGCAGGGGUCGCCGUCAUUACAUUGAAGACUGUGGAAGUCACAAAAACAUUUAUAACUGAGUUUGAGAAGAGUGAAGGAGAAUCUGGGAUGAAGGUCGGCGCAGCAUACCUCGUCUGGGGUCUGGAGAAAACAGAGUCAAGCCAAGACGAGGAUGUCUCCUCCAGCAGAUUCGAAGACAACGAGGAAAUGAGAUAUUCCCUUCGGUCUCUGGAACAGAAUGCGCCAUGGAUCCGCCAUGUUUACAUCGUAACCAAUGGUCAGAUCCCUUCAUGGUUAAACCUUGAUAAUCAACGCAUCAGUAUAAUUACACACGAGGAUAUUUUCCCAAACAAGACGCACCUCCCAACGUUUAGUUCACCGGCGAUAGAGAGCAAUCUCCACCGGAUUCCUGGAUUAUCAAAAAAGUUUAUCUAUCUAAACGACGACACCAUGUUCGGGAAACCGGUCUGGCCGGACGAUUUCUACACGCACUCCAGAGGGCAGAAGGUUUACCUUACCUGGCCUGUUCCAAAUUGUGCCGAGGGGUGUCCCCCAUCGUGGAUUCGUGAUAAUUAUUGUGACACAGCGUGUAAUAACUCGGAGUGUGACUGGGACGGCGGGGAUUGUUCUGGAACGCCAAAGAGCGGCGUAGGUGGUGUUGCAGCAGACAGAGAAGCAGCGCUAGAUUUCACUGAUAUGUACUGUAAAACCGGUUGUGCCAAUGGAUGGAUUGCUGAUCGCUACUGUGAUCAGACGUGCAACGUUGCAGAAUGUGGUUUUGACGCUGGAGAUUGUGGCACAGCCAACUUUCAUAGGUUAUACCGAGUGGACAUCAAGGGACCUGCAAACAUCACUGUCCCUCAAGGUGUCGCUGUCUUAUACAUUAACUUAACGCACAUCUUUGGAGAGAACAUUACAAUAACUGAAGCCCAGUAUGAUGAUAGCAAAGUGAUACGGACGGCCACCGUUGCCCAGAAGUUCAAGUUAAUCACGCUCCUUCUUCAUAGUAAUGUUUCCGAUACCCUGAUAGGGUUCUCUUUGGAGGGCCAAAAGGCGGACCAUACACCAGUGAACGUCAAGUUCAAUCUGACGGUUAACACGAUUCCCAUCUCGGAGCGAGCCCUGAUUGUUGCCAAGGAAGAUGCGGACAUCAAGGAAGACUUAAACGAAGAAGAAGAUGAAAUAUUCCGCGACUUAUUUCAUGACGUAGAUGAAUCUAAAAGGGCGCCUAAAAUUCCCAAGGUCAUGGACCCUCCAGUGAGUCUUCUUGAUACUGAAUUUGAAAAUCCCAGUGAAGCUGUUGCUGAAAAGUUAGCGGAAUUGGAGAAGAAGCUGGCUGAUGGAGACAUCACCGAGAAGGGACUGAAGAAAUUAAAGGCUCAACUCCUGCUGGACCUGGCGCAGUCCCCGGAGUAUGUAGAAGACAUCCCUGAGAAACCAGACCGUCUUAAAGAUGACUUCAAAGACACCAGACUCAAAGAACAGAAAUCAGACGCACGGCUCCAACCGAAAGUCGGGGAAAAGUUCAGAGAAGAUGGAGAUCAAUUAGACUCCUUGAAAAGGACUAAGUUUGGCAAGAAGGAGCCAUUUCAAGAUCCCGUCAAGGAAGACCGUGUUCCAAAAGAGGAUAGGGAUGGCGGCUUAAGUCUAAAUAAAAAAGUACAAGACGUGGGAACUAGAAAAAAAGGAGUGCAUCAGGAGAGAAUUCAGAAAGUGGAUGCAGAUCUGAAUUUAAACUUGCAAGGGCAGAGGAAGGGUCGGCUACCGGAUGUGGAACUGACUAAGAAAGAAACAGAUUAUAAAAAAACAGAACCUGGUUUUAAAGAGGACAAACUGCACGAUGCGAAACAGGACGGGGAAGGGGACUCCAUUGAAGCUCUUCGGGAAGAGUUGAGGCAGCUUCAGAAACAGCAUGACGAGUCUCGGCGACCAGCUCAAGGCCAACGGGAGAACGUAGCCAAGCAACAAGAGCUUCCAUUGCAACAACCAAAUCAACAGCAACCAAUCCAACAUCAACCGAUAUACUACCAACGACAGCAACGCCAACCAGUACAUCAGCCAGAAAUUAGUCAACAUAAACCGAUAAACCUGCAGAAGGUGUGGCCACCACACGAUGCGGGGAAUCAGCCGCAGCAGUUUCAUAAUCAGCAACAGCAGUUGCCAAAUCAACAGCAACAGUUUCGUAAUCAGGAACAGCAGCCACUGAAUCAACAGCAGCCGUUUCGUAAUCAGGAACAGCAGCCACUGAAUCAACAGCAGCCGUUUCGUAAUCAGGAACAGCAGCCACUGAAUCAACAGCAGCCGUUUCGUAAUCAGGAACAGCAGCCACUGAAUCAACAGCAGCCGUUUCGUAAUCAGGAACAGCAGCCACUGAAUCAACAGCAGCCGUUUCGUAAUCAGGAACAGCAGCCACUGAAUCAACAGCAGCCGUUUCGUAAUCAGGAACAGCAGCCACUGAAUCAACAGCAGCCGUUUCGUAAUCAGGAACAGCAGCCGCCGAAUCAACAGCAACAGUUUCAGAAUCAGGAACAGCAGUUGCCAAUUCAGCAACCACAGCUGCCAAAUGGGGAACGACAGCUCGCGAAUCAACAGAAGUUGCCAGUUAAACAGCAGCAUGUGCCAGUUCAACGACAGCAGCAGAAACCGCAGCUUCAACUGAAACAGCAACAGUUGAAUCAGCAACUGGAGCCUCUUGCUGCAAAACCUCCCGCUGACCCAAAAGAAGAUGUGAAGAAAGUUCAAGAUGGUCUGUCAGACAACCGGAGAUUUGCAGACGUAAACAAAUUCAAUAUGAAACAGAGCUCAGCAAAAGAUGACAAUGUCCACAACAACUUGAGGAUUAAUAAUGACAACAGAAUGAAUGUGAAUUUCAAUCGUAAGAAGCCCUAUGGCGAGACGUUUCAGGAGCCGAUUCUGUUCAAUAAGAAACCCAUUGAGCACACUGGUUUGAACCGGGGCAGACCGGAUUUUGCUGUCAAUGAACGCCACGAUGGUAACUGGAAUAAUCCGAAUCUCAUCAACGAGCCACAUUUCAAUCAAGGGAACCAACUACCUCCUGGCGGAGGGAACCGGCCUUUCCUUCAGAAUGACCAAAUGGGAAAUGCUCUUCGGGUACCAGUGGAUUUAAAACCGGUUCCAGCCGGUUUGGACCAGUUUAGGGCAGAUCGGGGGAAUACUUUUGAUAAGCCAGCUGUAAAAGUAAACAAAGAAGCCGCGCACAAGAAUGUUGGUGAAGAUGACUCGAAAAAAAAAAUUAUAAACCAAGACGUGCCUAUAAAGAAAUCACACAUAGGGAGAAAGAAGAAAACUGGAAUUGAACUAAGACCCCAAGACCAAGACGAACACAUUCUUAGACGAAAACUUCUAUCAAACGAAGACUAUCAACGAAGGAACACAAACAGUGAAAGUGUACUUGACAAGUUUUCACACCUUAAUGUAACUAGACGCUUAGGCGCAAAGUAUAACAGUCCUGUCGACUCUAAAACAUAUCCUGUAAAAAUGAGGAUGAACGCUCAAAAUGGGGAUGAGCUUAUGAGAAAGAGGAAACUGGAAACGACCGGUGACGAGAUGUUGAAGAAAAUUAAACGGGAAGAUAGAGUUGCUCUGGAUGAUGUCAGUGAGCGAGAGGCUGAGAAGAUUGCAGAAGAUGCUGAUAGAUUCAUCAGGAAAAACAGCUUUCUGCCGUGGGAGAGAACGGAGGCAUUUGAAAUGAUUCUGAGGGAGGAAAAGAAACAAGAUAGACUGUCGGAUUAUCAAUCUCCGAACUAUAGAGGGCGCAAGACGUUAGACACCUUCGCCGAUUCGUUGAUACACGUCAACAGGUUGUACAACCAACGUUUUGGUUUCAUCUCUCGCAAAGUGCCUGGUCAUAUUCCUCACAUGAUUGAUAUAGACAUCAUGAACGAGCUACAGUCAGAAUUUCCAGCCCAGUUUGACGCUACGUCGUCCCACCAGAUCCGCCACGCUAAAGACAUGCAGUUUGCCUUCUCCUACAUGUACUACAUCAUAGGUUCCCCUAAGGAGGUCAAUACCAAUGAAAUAUUUGACGAGUUCGACACCGACCACUCGGGGGUACUCUCUGAUCGAGAAAUCCGGACUCUAGCGACAAGAUUAUUUGAUCUACCUCUAGACCUUCAGACGUUGAGUUCUCUCGAGAACAGUUUCAUCCAAUGUGCGAAGAAUCUAACGAAAGAGAUUUACGAGGACCCAGUUCUACAGCCUGAAAAAUAUUACGAAGAGAAAAUGCCUCAAGUGACGACAGCUUUGGUUGCUAAGUGCCCGGCGGUGACUAAUUUAAUGAAGGACAGUGUCAAAGGUCAAACUAAUUACAAACACGAAGUUAUGGGAGACGAGGAGAUUGCCUUUAAGAUGAUCCGUACCAACGUGUCUCAGGUCAUAGGUCAACUCGAUGACAUCAGGAAGAACCCAAAGAAAUUUGUCUGUCUAAACGACAACAUCGAGCAUUCCAACCCAGACGCAAACAUGGUCAAAGCGGUCCUGCAGGACUUUUACGAAGCGCUGUUCCCGCUUGUUUCACAGUUUGAGCUUCCGCGAGAUUAUCGCAACAGAUUUUUACAUGUUGACGAACUCAGAGAAUGGAGGAGCUACCGAGACUGGUUGAGGUUUUGGACACAGCUGUCGUUGUCAGGUUUAAUUAUAUUUAGCAUUGCGUCAUUUUGUUCCCAUCAGUUAAUGUCAAUUAAAAGAAGGUGCUGCCCUCGAAGACGACAAAAAUCCAGCGAAAUCGCUGAAAAAGUUCAACAUGUAUGACGGUGUCUGAAAACCAUAAAAUAAACCGUUUCCCUUUUUUUUUUUUUUUUAGGGAUUCCACAGUUGAAAACUGUAGGCUGAAAUAAAUUAUAUUCUGCAAAAUAUUCAGGGCGCAAAGUUGCUAAGCGAAGUAAACUCGCUAAGCGGAGUUAUUUACUGAGCAAAGUUGGUAAGAAUUAAUUACUGAGCAAAGUUGGUAAGCAGAGCACUGGUAUAUUACUUUAAGACCUACUUGAACGAAAACGGCACUUCGCUGAAAUUAAUUUCAAAUGCAAUUGAGUUCAUGUGAGAUUGAACAGGUUUAAAAUGUGUACAAACAAAUUGUGUAAUGCCAAAUGUGAGAGCCCCAUGUUUAGCCACUUUGUUGCAGCAUGGAAGUUUACUAAAGCAGCAUCCCACACAUUACGUCAUCAUAUUGGGUGUUUCAAUUAGCUUCCCUGGGUCGAACCCGGUCUGCCCCGGUGCGUUCGAAUAGCUUUGAUGUCAUUCCAG